UACUUUCUGUACAUCACUAAUAGUGCACAGCAGUUUGUCGUCGUAUCUCCGUGGAAAAUCAGUUGCAAUUCGCAUUAUAAACCCGUAUAUAAAAGCCAACGUUCUAUGCAAUCAUUGUAUUGAAGAUCUGUAUUUGUUUGCGAUAUAUAAACAAAGAGUCUUUGCAGCAGCUGCACAAGCAAACAACAACAAUUAACCAAAAGCAAUUCGCGUGGUUUAGCGCUGCCAGCGGCCAUCGCAAAACGCGAACCGAUUAUUUACAGUUGCGGAAAAUUCUCACGUGGCAAAAAAAAAGAAAGAAGAAAAACAAAGGCACAAUAAACAAUAACGUUUAACCAGCAUAUAUAAACCUUUCAAUAUAUAUAUAUAUAUCAUCGUAUAUAUAUUUUUAUAUAUCAUCGAACCCAAUCAAAACAAAAGCGAGCAGGCAUCUGUGUGGACGAAAGAGAGAGAGAGAGACAGAGAGACCCAAAAGCCUCAAAUCGAAACGUUGAGAAUUUGAAACGUGUGUUGAGAGGAGAGAAGAUUUUCUUCAUACACUUCCUUAUCUAAUUCGUGAGAUUGCAUUGCGCACCCCAAGCAGGGGAAACAUAAUAUCUUAUAUGACUUUUGAAAGAUUAAGUGAAACACCAGCAAAAAAAGGCGCACCUCCAAUUCCACAAAAACGGAGUAAAGGCUUCGAACUGUGCAUGAAUUCAAAGAGGCGAACUAUAAGUCAUCGGACUUCAAGUAACAGACAUCGGAAGUUACAGCCGUUCAGGUACACGUGAGCCAACCAUUGUACCGUUCCAAUAGUUUUUUAUUAAACAUACAACAAAAAAAAAAAACACAAAAAUCCAAAAAAAUCAAAAACAAAAAAAAACCAACAAAAAAAAAAACACCAAUAGCUAAGACUAUGCCAGAUAUAUAGACAGCAUAUACUAUACAGUAAAGCCCGCACUACAAACGAAUAGAAGGGGAUAGGAGACGGCAGAAAGAAUCACAACUAUACAGAAAACAAAAAAAAAAAAAAAAAA